AUGGCUAACGAGUUUUACUAUUCGAGCAAGUACGAGGACGAUGAAUUCGAAUAUCGACAUGUACACGUGACUAAAGAGGUUGCUAAGUUGGUUCCACACAAUCGUCUUAUGUCUGAAUCGGAGUGGCGUAGUAUUGGAAUUCAGCAAAGUCCAGGUUGGAUUCAUUACAUGAUUUGGCCAGCGGAGCGUCAUAUAUUGUGA